AGAAGGAUGGAAGGUCAAAGAACGGCGCACCUCCUCGCGAAAUUCAAAUCCGCAAACGCAGCCAACAAGGCAAUACGCGAAGGACUCACAAUAGCCGGGAAGCUGGUGUAUGGAAGGAAAUCGCAGCAAGAACCGAGGAGAUGUCUGAAGUGCCAGCAGAUAGGGCAGCAUUUCGCGGCGCAGUGCCACCAGGAGGGAGAAUCAUGCGGGACAUGCGGGAAGAAUCACGCAACGAAGGACUGUCGAGAGCAGAAUCCCGAUCACUUUUGGUGUGUAAAUUGCAAAGUUGGAGGCCAUGCCUCCUGGGACAGAAUGUGCCCACGCUUCCGUGAAGAGGCAGAACGCUUAAAGCGACGCGACCCAGAAUCCACUUACCGCUUCUUCCCAAUAGAUACCGCACAAUGGACAUGGGAACAGAAU